AGAUAAGACGGUGCCUGUCCACCUUCUCCUUCUUCCUCGGCGGCUCAGUCACACAGCGAGAGAGAGAGAGAGAGAGAGAGAGAGAGAAGAUGGAGAAGUACUUCGGGAACGCGUACCGGGGCGACCCGGGAGUGCCGCACGCGGACCCGGACAGGUUCGUGAACAUAUGGAUCGGGUCCGCCGCCUUCUCCGCCCUCACCUGGAACAACCCUUACCUCUGGCAGCUCUCCAAUCAGUUCAAUUGGCAUGACAAAGCCAUGAUGUUCGAGCACUAUCACUGGAAGAAAGCCAAGGCUAAGAAUCAGCCAUAUAAAUUCAAGUGGAAUGAGUACAUGGACAAGGACCACCGGGACUCAUACUAUUUCAACUGGCCUGUUUACUUCCCGUAGAAUUUAUCUUUGUAUGUGGUUUUCUUGGGGUGCUGACCUUUCUCAAAUAACUUGUGUUUGUACAAGAGUAUGAUUUUAUUUCUCAUGGUUCUCUUCCUUUUAGCUUGUCCAUUCCUGGUAUGAUUGUAUCAGCAAAAACAAAACGGUUGGCUUCAUAUGCUGCUGUGACUUGGAUGGAAUGUGCUUGAAUUGGAAGCUUCAAGCAA